AUGUUGCUUCUAUCUAGAUGCUGUGCCCUCCGCCCAGAAACUUACAAUUUCCAGACUACCAAGGCUGAUGACCUCUGAGACGGCCCAUCUGCUAAAAUGCCUACAGCAGAUUCAUAAGGUAAUUGGCAAGGCCAAUGAAAUCCUUGCAGGCAUAAGCCAUCCAUCUGUGUGCAGUGAGGUGCUGCUAUCCAAACCAGGGACUGCAUAUAUCUUGGGCCUGUCUGAGGUGUACCGGGUAUCUAAGCGUAUGGAAGACGGGGUGAAGACUCGGCAGCUAGCAAGUGAACUGCUGCAGCAUGCUUUGCGAGAGGUGGACUUAGCCUGGAAUAAUUUACUGUCCUUUCUGGUCUUUGGUCAUCCCCUGUUCCAAAUGCUGCUUUUGGAGCCGUCAGCAGAAGGUGAUUCUCAUCAGCCUGGUCCUAACCUGGCACCGGGUCAUGUCUGUGGGGUUUGCCUAACAGAGGUGAAGCAGGAGUCAGAGGUGCAGACUGGAAACUCUGACCCCGUUAUGUACCAGGGCAGCUGUUAUCAUGCCAGCUGUGCUAAUUUCUGGUUGAACUGUGUGGAUUCCACCUUGCCAAGAGAGAACUGAUCCUUUGACCUUUCCCGUGUUACAUCAGUCAUCCCUUUUUUUGGAGGGCUAGACUGCGUGUGUAGAUUCUCUUACGACAGGGAGUUAUGAGUAAGAAGAAUCACAGAAUCCUUGGCUGAAGGAAAGAGGCUUAGAAAUGGCUGAGAAAGGUCCCUUUGGGGACUCAAAGACUUUGUGAAAAGCUGAAACAAAUUACUCGGAAACUCACUUUUUUCAUUUGUUUAGU